UGUUGGCUGCCUCUUGCAAGGAAGUUUGCUUGGCUCUGGGAACUGUCGCAGAUGGAAGCUCUUUAGGAUAUGACCUAAGAAUAGAUUAGCUGGGGGAUCCGUUCCCAUAAAUACAGCUCACCUGGAACCCUCCAGGAUCCUAUUUCUGGAUCUUUUCAUCAUGAAGCUCAUCCUGUGGUUUGGAGUUUUGCUCGGGGUCGCCUGGAGCCAGGAAACGUUUGAAGGUGACCAGGUUCUUCGCAUGAAGCCAUGCAACCAGGAACAGAUUGAGUUGCUCAAAGAAUUGGAAGGCCGGAAACAUCUCCAGCUGAAUUUCUGGUUGUCUCCUUCAUACCCCAGAGAACCGGUUGAUCUCCAGGUGCCCUUCGCUUCUCUCCAAGCUGUCAAAGUCCUUCUGGAGUCACACCAGAUCGAGUACUCGAUCCUGAUCGAAGAUGUGCAGGCCCUGCUGGACGAAGAAUCUCGAGAGAUGCGCUAUAACCGUCAAAGAGAAUACGGCAACAGGAAUUUCAACUAUGGCGCUUACCAUAACUUGGACACAAUUUAUCGAGCGAUGGAUGAUAUUGUGACUGAGCACCCCCAGAUUGCGAGCAAACUCCAGAUCGGAAAGACCUAUGAGAACCGGCCUCUGUUUGUCCUCAAGUUCAGUACCGGAGGAAACAGGCGCCCUGCCAUCUGGAUCGAUGCUGGGAUUCACGCACGCGAAUGGGUGACCCAGGCCACGGCUCUCUGGACAGCUAAAAAGAUCGCUUCUGACUUUGGGAAAGAUCCGUCGCUGACCUCCCUCCUCAACAAAAUGGAUAUUUUUCUGCUGGUGGUUGCAAACCCUGAUGGAUAUGUCUACUCUCACACCACGAAUCGUAUGUGGCGGAAAACCCGGUCCAGAAUACCCGGCAGCAAGUGUGUCGGUGCCGAUCCCAACCGAAACUGGGACGCCGGCUUUGGAGGACCCGGCGCCAGCAACGACCCCUGUUCCGAUUCCUACCACGGACCCAGCGCCAACUCGGAAGUCGAAGUCCGCUCUAUGGUGGAUUUUGUCAAGAGUCACGGGAACAUCAAGGCAUUUAUCAGCAUCCAUAGCUAUUCCCAGCUCCUCAUGUAUCCCUUUGGCUAUAAGUGCACCAAGCCUAAAGACGCAGCAGAACUGGACAUGGUGGGAAAAUCAGCCGCGAGCGCCUUGACAUCGCUGUACGGCACCCGGUAUAGAGUCGGGCCCAUCUGCUCGGUCAUUUACCAAGCCAGCGGUGGGAGCAUUGACUGGAGCUACGAUUAUGGGAUCAAGUACUCCUUCGCCUUUGAGCUGAGAGACACAGGGCGCCACGGUUUCCUCUUGCCGGCCAAACAGAUCAUCCCCACCGCUCAGGAGACGUGGUUGGGCCUGAAAGAGAUCAUGGAGCACGUGCGAGAUCAUCCCUACUGAGGACUAGAAGAUGCGGGAUAAGACAGGAUUUUGGCUUCAUAUGCUUACGCUAGAAGGAUUCUGGGUAUAGGUUCGACAGAUCCCUUUAGAUGCCCCCAAAAGAGAGGGGGGGGGAAAACACCAGGUUUUAAAUAACCAUCAUUAUUUCAUAGGUCAAUUCAGAUAAUGGCCACUGGGGGCAGCAGAGGUGCAGAAAUCUCUUUGCAGUUGCUGCCCCCUAGCGGUCACUAAAUUUUUUUUUUGCAGCCCAGAUCUGAUAACGCCUAACCUUAUUCAAUACAGUAUAGUCUCAUUGUGGUGGCCUCCGAUGUGUUUGGAUUACAACUCCCAGAAUCCUCUGUCUAACCGAGAGGGUGGCGUGUUUAGCAGCAAACAUCUUGCUUGAAUGGAUUGGGACUCCGUUGCCCAGCAUUCCCAGACAGCAGUGGAGAAUUCUGGGAGUUGUAGUCCCAGUUUGUCUGAAGGUCAUUGAGCAAUGAUGUUCUAGCACAGAGGUCUCCAAC